AUGUUUAGAGAUAGGCACUAUUUCGUGCACACGCAUAAUUUACAUGUUCAGCGAAGAGAACACUGUGGUGGUUUUCGUACUACACGUUGGCAUCACACCACGAUAGCGAACGGAAAGAUAAAGACGGCGGAAACCGUCUGCUGUGGUUUUAAAUGUUGUGCAUGUAUAAACAUGCACGCAUACUUAUGUGCAUUAGGCAGAACGUUGUGGUGUGUCGCGUCCAUAUUGCAUGCAUGA